UUACUAUCUUUCAACUUGUCGAACGAAGUAUCCGUAACUGCGCAAUAUUCAGCUCGAAAUACCGGGACCUUGUCCUUGAAACAUUAUUUGAAAUGCCAAUGCCGAGCCCUCUAGCUGAACCCCGGUAUUAACUCAAGUGUGUAUAGGCCUCUUUUAUAGUGUGUGGACAGUGUUCCACUUUUUGCGCAUUAAUAGUAUUUAGAGGAUUUUCUGUCGAGGGAGGAGGGUUGGAAAUCAGCUGAUUCUGACAAGUAGGUCACAGCAGCAGCCACAGUAUACAGGGAGCAAGUUUACUACCCUCACUGUGACGUCACCAUUCUAGCCUGGGUUCAUCAUAACAAAGAAAUCUAGAUUUUAAAGCGAAUUCAGUUUUUGUUGUUCUGCAGUGAUACGCGGAUAUAUGCGUAACAGUCUCGUUGACGCAACUGCGUAGCAAUGAAGUAGUAUACUAAAGAACGAGACAAGGGUGAAAAAAGAUUGAAAAUGUCCAGUAAUCGGAGAAUUCCUAAAAGGUAGAUCUAGCGGACCACGCUGACCUUCACAGCGAGGAGAGUUUCUAUUCAGAAGAUGAUAUUAUUGGAACAAGUUUCCAAUCAUUACUUCCUCGCAACACUAAGCUUAGUAAAGGUCAAGAUAUAUUUGUAACCCAGGGAGGUAGAGAAGUGAAAGGAGUUGUCAUUACACAUGAUACACAAGAGAAUUGUGUAGAGCUGCUGGGAGAGGGUGUUGGGACAAUCUUUAAACCCUUGGAGGAAAUCCGUCUCAUGGAAUCCAGAAAAUCCGCGAGACUUAUAAACUCAGAUACUGACUUUUCAAGGAUGGCAGAUUUAAACAUUUGUAAGGAGCGGCGAAAGCUGAAAGACGGACAAAAUCGACGACGACUUCACUCAAUGUCGUCUUUUCCCGACAAGAAAGACCUUCCCCGGAUGCGACCCAUCUCCGACACAGGUCCAAGUGCCAGUAUUGAUGUGCCUUUAUCUCGAAAGCGUCGAACGAGUGAGAGUCGCCUCGACAUGGAGAGUGGAUACAGCAGUGGGUGUAGUUCUAGCGGAUACAGUUCUAGUUUAUCGUCUUCCCUUCUCAAAUCCCGUGACGAUCUGAUCAACUCUUCCUUCCUUCGGUCCGGUGAAGAUAUACGAGAGUGUACGGCAGCUAUGGUUCUCAUGAACCUCUCUGUGAGUCCGAACGACCGUUGGACCAUUCCAUCACACUUUACACCCACCCUUCAGUCUUCUCCAGUAUCCUCUGAUAGUGCACUGGACGAGGAUGAACCUGUGAAGAAGGUUCAGAGAAGUAGUAUUGUGAUGCAUAAAUGCACCUGGAGAGGCUGUUCUCAUAUAACCAGAGAUCUGGACAAGAUUGAGACUCAUGUUCGAGGUCAUCUGGGGAGGCCGGAGCCAGGGCCGGAGGAUGAUCGAGAUUUCGAGGAAGAGUUUUAUUACACAGAGGUUGAUACAGAUCAGCAAGAUCUAAAUGAGAUUGAAAAUGACGAGAUAGAUAUCCUUGAUGCGCAUUUUAUUAUUGAUCAACAACCUUCAACAGCAACAACAACAGAAAUCCUGACUAACAGUACAAUACAAGGUUCACAAAGUACACCCGCCGUACCUCCCUCCCUUCUAGCGACCUCUGCCCCCUCUAACCUUGGCCUCCUCGGCUACGACCUCCAGAAGUCUAUAGCGGAGCACCUUGAUAUGGCCAAACCCUCCACAGCUCUUUAUCUGAUCUCCGGGCAGCCACUGAACCGACCUCAGCAGCCUCUACUGGACCCGGAGCAGGGUUGGAUGAAUAAGAGAUUGGUUUCUAUUGUUCCGAAACCUGCAGCAAACCCUUCCAAACCUUUUGUGUUCACCCCUCCAGGACAAUCUCCAGGACAAACUCCAGGAAAAAGUGACAGGAAAUGCAGAAAGCUGUUUGGUCUAGAGCAGAAGGAUCAAUGGUGUACACAGUGUAAAUGGAAGAAAGCUUGUGCUCGGUUUACAUAAUUCUAUACCGUAGACCAUCGUACUCUACCGUUAUGUACCGUACUGUUCUAUACUGUACAUGAAGGUACUGUACUACACUGUAAAGUUUACCGUACUGUUAGUUAAUGUACAGUAUUAUACCGUACCUUAAUGACAGUUAAUGUACUGUACUAUUCUGUACCUAACUGACAGUCACAGUGUACAGUACUUCAGUCUGGGGUAGAGAACUUAAUUGUACUGUACGGUAAACAGUACAGAAUACAAUGUACAUGAAUCAAAAUACUGCCUAAAAUACCUUUCUUUUUCA